UGCCUGAGCCGGAGGGGAGGGGAGGGGGCUCAGGUACAUCUGCCGCUUCGGUCUCAUCUCCGCCCCCAGCAGCACUCCAGAAGCCGGGCCUGGCCGGGGAUUGGCUGCUCGGGUGACAGUACGGCGUGUGCUCAGGAAGAUGCCCGAGUAUAAAGGCGAGCCGGCCCCGGGGUGAGAGAUCCACUGAGCGGCCCGGCGUCCUGCAGCACCGAGGACAGAGCACGGAGAGCGGCGGCCAGUACAGCACCGAGGACAGAGCACGGAGAGCGGCGGCCAGUGCAGCACCGAGGACAGUACACGGAGAGCGGCGCCAGUGCAGCACCGAGGACAGUGCUCCCGCUGCACCUGCCACUGGCACACACACCCGGGUACCCCGCACAGCACCCACGCAGCAGUCAUGCCCAAGGGGUUCCUGGUAAAGAGAAGCAGGAAGUCCCCGCCGGUGUCCUACCGGGUGCGGGAUGAGGAUGAGGAGCGCUGGGAGGGGCCCCCGGCGUGGAUGCUGCUGGCAGUGUCCGGGCAGAGGCCGGCGCUGGGCUACACUGGAGGCUUCCUGCCCCCGGCCAGUCCGGACAGAGCGGCCACGGCUCCCCCGUGCAGCCCCCGACCCCCGCCCGCCGGCCAGUUCGGGAACCCCGAGUCCGUGCAGCAGUCUCUCUCCAGCCCGACCCGCCCGGUGAGCCGGGAGUACCUAGACCGCAGCUUCAGCCUGGGCUCCCCGGUGUCCGCAGAGUCCUUCCCGGCGAUGGUCCCCUCCAUGGAGCCACAGUCCUACCCGCCCACCGACCUGAAGCUGAGCUCCUCGGGCAGCCUGCCCCCGGCCUCCUCCACCUCCAGCGUCCCCCCGAAGCGGCUGGUCGAGCUCCCGUGCAAGCCGCCCGGCCACCCGCAGAAGCCCCCCGCGGCCAAGAAGACCAAAGCCAUCCGCAAGCUGGCGUUCGAGGAUGAGAUGACCACGUCCCCGGUGCUGGGGCUGAAGAUCAAGGAGGGUCCGGUGGAGCCACCCCGGCCGCGGCCACCCAGCUCCGGGCACCGGCCCCUGGGGGAGUUCAUCUGCCAGCUGUGCAAGGAGGAGUACAGCGACCCAUUCUCCCUGGCCCAGCACAAGUGUUCCCGCAUUGUGCGGGUGGAGUACCGCUGCCCGGAGUGCGACAAGGUCUUCAGCUGCCCGGCCAACCUGGCCUCCCACCGCCGCUGGCACAAGCCCCGGCCCCCCGCCACCGCCGCCCCCCCGGCCAAAGAGGAGCCGCUGAGCGACCGCGACACCCCGAGUCCUGGCGCCUCUGAGUCCGGCUCCGAGGACGGCCUGUACGAGUGCCCGCAGUGCGCCAAGAAGUUCCGCCGCCAGGCCUACCUGCGGAAGCACCUGCUGGCCCAUGCCGCGGAGCCCCCGCGGUACCUGGAGGACAGGAGGGCGAAGAGCCCCGGGCCAGUCAACUUAAGCAGCGGCUCCGAGUGCCACCCGUGCCCGGUGUGUGGGGAGACCUUCCCGGGGAAGAGCAGCCAGGAGCGCCACAUCCGCCUGCUCCACUCCUCGCAGCUCUACCCCUGCAAGUACUGCCCGGCCACCUUCUACAGCUCGCCCGGCCUCACCCGGCACAUCAACAAGUGCCACCCGUCCGAGAACAGGCAGGUCAUCCUGCUACAGGUGCCCGUGCGCCCGGCCUGCUGACCAAGCCAAAGACUGGAGAAGUGGGUGGAGGGGUGGAGGGGUGGGGUGGGGUUUAGAGGAGUGCCAUGCCCAGUGCGGGACACAGGUGGGCAGCAAGAGGGGUGCAGGCUGGCAGGACAGCAUGUGUAAUGGUCCAUAUGGACCAACCUACCCACAGAGACUUUACACUAUGCCCACUAUGGGUCACUCCCACUCAGUUCAGGAUUUCACCUUGUGGUCUGUCACCACCUCUGGCCUGAUAGCUAUGGACUGCUGCCAACCAAUGGCCCUUACCCAUGUGGCCAGGGAAGAGAACUGUGCCUUUCUUGAUGCAACCAAUGCCAUCUCUUGAGACUCGAGGUCUGCCAUCCUUUAGAUCUACUGUUCUCUUGCUGCCAAAUCAAGACACAUACACACACUCCUAGCAGCCAUAGGUUGAAGUGCAUUAAAUGUGGUUAUUGUGCUUUAAUGCAAGACAGCAUUACUUAGACUUUAAAAGGGGAGCGAGAGCACUGUUGCUUAAGUUUUGCAAGUUUUUUCUUUGCCCCCCAAACCAGAUGCUGUGCCCGCUUUCUAAAGCGAGUUGCCCUCUAUAAACAACAUACUACUACUUUCUGUAAUAGCAGCCAAGUCAUAAUGUUCACUAACCCACCAGAGAUUCUGUAGAGUGGUAAAGCACUACACAAAGGCAAUGUAAUGGUUAAGUAACCUGUAUUGUUAACGUUUGCACUGCCAGCUAGCUGGGCAUCAUCCCUCUAGCCUUAAGGGGAUAACAUGAAUGCUUUCUGCUACAAAAAAUCCCUGUGCUGCAUUUACCCCCUCAAAACACUAGUGAUGCAAAACUGUGAUAGUGUUGUCUAUCUUUGUGUCUUUUAAAUACUCACUGAAUGUCAUGUCGGUGGCCAUGGCAUCGGAAUCUGAGGAUAUCUGUUCCAUUGUCUUUGUUAUAGGAUAGAAAAUAAAAGAAACAAGAACAUAUGGUAUCCUUGGAUGACGGAUGACUUUACAUGUAUUUGGUGUGGUAAACUGAUGACAUUUCCAGAAGCCUGCACCUAAAUGCAGGGAGACUAUUUCUAGGUCCCUAUUUUAGUUGCCAACUUGCCCACUCUUGCAGAGCAGGGUCAAGGUCUUAAUCAGCUUUUUGUCUCCUGUAAUUUUUGUCUCACUGGCUUGUCUAUAAUGUGUUUUGUAGCCUACGGGUUGAUGUUUUCAGUCAAUAUUGAGAAAUACUGCCUUUAUACUUCACAGCCUUUACAUGGGAUGACUGUCAUAAUUAGCUUUAUAAUGGCUUGUGAACUGCUGGAUUUUGUCUAUUUUCUGUGAACAAAUGCUGAUUGGGAGGGGAGACAUUUCUUUAGUCUUUAGCCACAAAUGCCUUGUCUUUUAACUUUGUAGAAAAAAAAAAAUACUGCCUUUUUAUCACUUAACCAAUGUACGGGCCAGCCAAUCGUCACGCCACAGCAUGAGAAAACCAUUUCUUCAAAUGCAAUUUUAUUUUUGUUUUUAUUCUUUUUUCAAACAUGCUCUGGUGGAACUGCAGACAUGCAUUUACUAUCCAAAUGUAUAUGAUGAUUUUAUGAUUAAUUAUGCUUAUUUAUUUUAUUUAUUAAUAUGAAUGACAGAUAUUACUAUUAUUUGAUCAUGGUUAUAUUGGAGUAUUUUGUUGUUAUUAUAUUCUGCUCUGGAUUGCAACUUCUAUUUUUUUAUUUAUUGUUUUUUUUUUUCUCUCUCUAACAUUAACAGCUUAAAAAAGAAAAAAAGGUUGCACCUUUAUACAUUCUUAAACAAAUGGCUAUUUCCAUUAACUGUGCUUUAAGGGGCAGAUGGCUCUUGUAAACGGAUAGCUCUUAUAUGUCUAGAAGCAAUCUCUUUUCUACACAUAUUAUUUUCUUAACUGCUAGCUAUUUAUAGAGAGCUUCACUAGAACUGUUUCGACUGUGUAAUGAUUUGCUAUUCAAAUAAAAUAUUUUCAAAUUCAAA